AUGCCACUCACCCUCUUUCUGUUUGUCUGUGCUAUUUUGUCGUCGGCUGCCGCAGGGGUGCCGGAGACAGAGUCGCUUGAUGAGGUACUCAAGAAUCUCGAGACCGGUACAGGAAUGCUUGAUUUGGGACGUGAUGGAGUGCUACGUAGUCUGAAUCCAGCGCACGAUAGAGUUCUGAAUUAUGUUCAACUCAGUGAGGCGCAGAUUACCGAGUUACUGGCUAAGCUCGGAAAAACUCCAGUUGUCAUGGCGGGCGUUGACGGACGUACCGUGAUGUCUGAUGCCCAACUAUGGGCUGUACCAGAAGAUGUUCUUCCCGGCAAAUCUGCCGUACCGAGAUCGAUGCCCGGGGAGCUGUCUUCGCUUGAAGAAGCACUCAAGACCUUCAACGAGGGCGAGUUGAUGAACAUUGGAGCCGAUGGAGUGCUUCGCAGCUUCAACGCAGCACAUGACACUGUGCUAGACUACGUCCAGCUCAGUAAGCCUCAAAUCGCCGAGCUCCUUGUGAAGAUAGGCUCAAAAAUAUCUGCCACGCCAGGCGUGAAAGUUCUCUCCUUCGCAAUCCUAUCCCGAUAA